CGUCAAGUGGACCUAAAAAUUUCACCGGGUCCACCGUUCCUACGCUAUGUCAAGCACCUGCGGGUAAAGUAAGGCACACUCGGACACUCCUCAUCGUAAAUCUUCGGUGACCCACGCGAAUCAACAUUCUUCGGCGCCUUGGAAGUUUGAUGCUCGAUAUCUACGGCCAAUUGGCAAUUGGCCAUGUUAAGGGUCUCAAGGAGGCUAGGCGCAGUGCACCGAAAUCAGAAAUUAGACUGCAGCGGCGAGCGCGUGAAACUGGUGGUUGGUGGUGGUGCAUGCCACAGGGGAUCGGACUUGCUGCUGGUUUCUGCUGGUUGCUGCUGCUUUUCGCCUCCUAUUGGGUGGCCAUUGUUCAGGAAUUUGGCGGAGAUCUCACGCAACGACCAUUGUUGGCCACCGCCGCUGGCCUCGCUCCAGCUGCUGAGCUGCUCGUGCGCUCACCUGCACAGCAGGAUGACAUCCCCUGUUGGUUCGAGAUUGCCGUUACCAGGUUCCCCCGCCAAUAUUAACCUUAGUGCUUUGACGGUCCCAGGGCGAUCUUGGAUGUCGAUUAUCAUGCUCCUCCUGUCCUUCGACCUCUUCAAUUCCGCAACAGUCAAAACUCGGACGACACCGGUGACAGCUCGACACAAACCGUAGCAGUAACCUCUCGCAUGGAUUCCCUCACCUGAACUUUGGAGUCCAGAGCAUCCGGUCGCUUCAUCAGAUUGCCUCAUGUCCUGAUCUUUGCUGGACCCCUUUCUUU